UACAAACAAAUACUUCGGUACUUUUUGAAGAAAUUGUGUGAAAUUUGUGAGUGAAACUGUUAAGUUUUCGAUAAACAUAAAUUAUCGCCUACUUAUUUUCCUUGUUUGGCUUACAAAAGGGCAGAAGCCAGAAUUUUGGACGCGCAUGGUUGUAUAAACUAAGUUUUAAAACGGGUAGUACGAAUAAAAUCAAUAGAAAGGCCAAGGGCCUAGCCAAAGAAGCUUUGAAAAUUUAUCAAGUUCAGGUACAACUUGUGAAAGUUUAGUUAAAGGAUAAAGUACGAGUAAAAUCGUAUUUUGUCAUAAAAAAAUGAGUAACGUUAAUGAAGAAAAAAGUGAGGAUAAGAAAAAUAUUGAAAUGGAGGAAAGGGAAAAAAUGUUGAACGCUUCAAAUAAGGCCCACGAAAAAGAAAUUGAUGUUGAAAAUUCAGAAGAAAAGAAAGGUAUUGCAAAGGAGAUUAAAGAAGGGAUGGAAGUGAAACCAAAAAAGAUUCCUAUAGGAGGUAUCCAGAUGCCUGGAUUUUUUACAAGAAGUAAAUCAAAGGAAAGGUGCAAGGAGGAUAGUGAAAAUAUGGAACAAGAAGGGACAGACCUCAUUGACAGAAAUACCGAAAACAAAGAUGAUUCUCUUAAUUCUCAAACAAAAAUUAAAUUACCAAAUCCAUUUAGAAAAUCAAAAAUCGAAGAAGAAGGUGAUAAACCGUCAGAAACCAAAGAAAAGAAAAAACUUUUGGAUACUAUAAAAUUACCGUUAGUAUCAGUUUUUCCCAAAAAGAAGAAAGAAGGAGAGACUUUAGAAAGCGCACAAGCAGAACUGGCUUCCAUGGAAACAUUGGAUGAGAAAAGUUCAGAUGACAAAAAUGAUGAAAUGAAAAAUGUUGCAUUGGACGACAAAAAGGACGUGGAGAUGCAAGGUCCUGAAGAUGUGACAACAUGGAAAGAUAAAUUGGGAACAUACAAAAUUGCGAUCAGUGCCUUACUGGUAUUUUUGUCGUUAAUAGCAAUCAUAAUAUUCAUUGCUAUUUCUGGUAAUCGGGUUAGCAAUUCUCCUCCUGUUAAAGAUGGACGCUUUGUGGAAACGAUAACAAGCUGCGGAAAAAUUGAAGGUCUGUUAGAAGACAGUGCAUUUGCUUUCCGUGGAAUUCCAUAUGCACGCCCUCCUACAGGAGAUCUACGGUUUAAGUAUGCCCAGCCUUUGAAUAAGUUAGAAUAUUGUUGGAACGGAACAUUUUUGGCUCACAAUGCCACUGAUCUCUGUCUUCAAAUAUUGAGCAAUGGAACCGUUAUAGGAAAAGAGGAUUGUUUGACACUAGAUGUCGUAACGCCAUAUGUUCGCUACGACAACCCUUUGCCAGUAAUAGUGCUAAUCGGUUCAGAAAGUUUAAUUGGAGGUUCACCGGGAAAAAUGAGGCCGUCAGCCCGUUACGCAAGGUCCAGGGAUGUCGUGUUUGUACGUCCGAAUUUCAGACUGGGCGUACUUGGAUUUUUAGCUUUAGAAACCCUUUCAAAGUCAGAUUAUCCCAACACCUCUGGAAAUUAUGGACUGUCUGAUAUUCUAUUAGCACUGCAGUGGGUUAAAUUAAAUAUCGAACACUUUGGUGGAGAUCCGAAAUCUGUAACGCUAUGGGGUCACAGGGCUGGUGCUACCUUGGUUACAGCGCUGUCGACAAUGAGUGACGCUCAUAAAUAUUUCACUAGAGCCUGGGCGUCUUCAGGUGGAGCUAUUUAUCCCAAGAAACCAGUAGUCCACUCAGAAAUCGACAACAAAAGUUUUCUUGGCGCGGUGCAAUGUGAAAACGCAGAAUGCCUGAGAGGAGUGGAUGCAGAAAAAUUAGUUUCGGUGGUAGAGGACACUUGGAGGAAGCCUCACCCUGAUCUUCCGUCAAAAGACGAAGAUCCAAGUAGAAGACAUCAGUGGCUGGUUUUAGAUGGUAGAAUCCUCAAGGAACAUCCUGCGGAUGUGUGGUCUAAGGACGAGGAUUUGCCGGUACAGCUGGUAAUAGGUUCUACCGCUCACGCCGGUGGUUCACAAAAGCUUCUAUUAAAGCACAAAGUUUGGACUGAGGAACUCGUUAAACAGCAUGUGAAAGAAUCAUUCUUGUCUGAAAAAAAUCUUACCGAUGAUGCAUUAAAAAUGUAUCCUCCUACAUACAAAGGGCUAAGUGCGAUGAUAUCCGAUAUAAGGAUAGUCUGUCCGCUGUUCGCUAUAUCUACAGAGAUGCAUAAAAUACCUUUUUAUGUAGUAAACCAAACUAGGUUCGAACAAGAUAUUGCGGACAUUGACUCUGAUGUAGACGCAAUAUUAGGACGAUAUGAACCAAAAACUCCCGAACAGAGGCGAUAUUUCUCAGCAAUGCAAGGUUUGUUUUACCACUAUGUUUGGCAUGGUAAGAUUGAACAGAAUAUGAUCGGUCAAAAAGUAUUAGUAGUUGGCCAAGAUGUCCUGCCACAAGCUUCAUAUUCUCAUUGUGCUUUUUGGAUUGUAAAAAAUGUUUCGUCUUAUGCUGCAUUAGAUUAAUUUUAUUCGUAUAUUACAAAUAAAGGGAGGCUAUAUCUGGAUAAAUGAAUCUGUAACAGCAAAUUUUUUAAAAUACGAAUCUCCAAAAUAAAAAUACUCAUAUUUUAUCGCUACCUGGUAUUAUUAUGUUUAGUACCUGCCACUAUAAACUAGAUAGUGGAAUAAAGAGGUAUAUUAGUACUUCGUGAUCUCAUUUAAACUUUUGUCUAGAUAUUCCUCCUAAUCAUAUUUUUUUGUGAUUAAGUUUUAAUGAUACAACGGUACAUAACAGUAACAAAUAUUUUUUGUAUGUAAGUUUCAUGGAAAUUUUGUAGCUGUGACUAAAAAUGCUCAUUUGAGACAUUUUUAAUAUAUUCUUAGGUUUUGUUGACUCAAACCUACUUGUAACUAUGAAAAGAUUUUGUUUUACUUGCCAACAUUUAUUUCAAUAUCGUAAGAUCUCCUAGCUGUGACGUAUUAAUGCUCAUUAAUUUAGGAUUUCAAUUAAAUAUAUAAUAUAUUUUACACGUUUACAAAAUUUAAAUUAUAUGCGUAGGUUUGUAACAAUUUUAUGUUAUACAUAUACAAUUUUUUUUUUAAUUUAGCAGUUAUGCCAAUGAAUUUCUUCUUUAUAAAAUUGCUGAAUAAUCGGUAUAUAAUUGAUGGACUCGGUUGGUAAUUUGAAAUAAUGCGGAAUAUGUGGAACAAACCGAAGAGACUUAAAAUAAGACUAAAUUUAUUUAAAAUUUUUACGUUUUUACUAAUAAUACUUAUUUGUGAGAUUAUGUUAUAGUACUUAUAUAUUUUAUAAGACUGACUUGUCUUGAGCCCAUAUAUCUGCAUAUUAUUUCAAAGCCUAACCAUCUGGAGACCUUACAGGUUACUCUUAAUUAUUUUCUUUGGGAAAAUGGACAAUAAAAGGGAUAUACACUUUUAUAGAGACUGAAACAGCAAUACAAAAUACACAUCGCUAUAUAUCGCUUACUACUCCAAUAAGCUGGCAAACACCCAAAGAAAUAAAGAAAAAACUGAAACUGCAACAAAUAACUCUUUAAAGGGGUAUAUCUCUCUUAUUAUAUCUUUUCUAAAUAAGUUUAUAACAUGUUUUCAGUAAGAAAAAAAAAAUGUGACCAAGACUUUUUCUCAGAAUUAGAAUUUUAGCUGUAAUAUGUUUUUCUUAAGUAUUUUAAUUAAUUUUGUACAAGCUCUAUUAACCAUAAUUUAAACAGAGAAAUUUACUGUAUUUACUGAAAAUCUAAAAAUAAGGUUUUUUAACUUAAAAAAUAACCGACUGAUAAGAAAUCGUACUAGCUUUUCAUAAUAUUCUCAUAUUAAUAGACUGAGAUACGAAGGGAAUAUAUUUACAAGUUACAGUCCUGAAAAGAAAACCACUCUUCCAAAGUGGAAUCAACAUCAAUUGUUGUUGCAAUUAUCGUCUGCCAGUUUUAUAUGUAUAUUAAACAGAAGUUGAAAUAUUUUUGAGAAAUACAUUAUAGCAACUGUAGCGUAGCUGUAAGUUAGUAGUAACUCUUAAGGAUUUCAGGACUGAAUAUUGUAAUUUUCCAAUUUGUUAUUAAUUACGUUAGUACCACAUAAAGGAAUGCAGUUUCCCUAUCAUUUUUUAAAUCCAACUGGCAACAUUCGGGUUAUUGAAUAUUUCCUGUUUUUACUCACAUUUGUCUGGUUGUGAUAGCUUUUCAUAUUUAGCUACUGAAUUUUUAACUAAAUUUUAUGAAUUAUUGUCUAUUAAACUUCACCGAUCACCUUCACCUUCAGAACAAAAGUUAUUGUAAUUUCCUGAGAAGACAAUUUUUAUUUUUAAAUACAACACUGACUUUUUCAUUUAAAUAGUUUCUUUAAACACCUAAUUUUUUCUCUUUGUCGACUACUAAUGCUAUGAAUAAAGGAUUUUUCAGUUAUAUAAGUAAAACUUGUUUAGAAAUGUCUUGUUUUUAAUGAAUUACCACUUGCUCAAUAAUUUGAUUCACUGCAUAUUUGAAGUUUCUCCAUCAGUUGUUCUUAUGUCUGAGGCUUUUGAAAGGCUAACUGCAUUUCUAUUUCUAGUACCAUGUACUAACUGUACAAAAACAAGAAAACUAGGAAACUUCUUCGUACAUUUCACUAAACAAUGAAUUCUUUAAUGAACAAGCAACGAUAACAUUCUUUUUUUCAAAUAAUUUAAAUUUAUUUUCAAUACUGUUUUAUACAUCAAACCCUCACAGUGGUAUUCACAGUCACGUGCUUAAUAAAGGCUAUUGGAUUUUUGAAGUGCAAGAGACGGGUUAUGAAUACCACUGUUAGAUAUCCAGCCACAGUUGGUGCAUAGUUCUAAGAAUGAUUUUCUGUAAUUAUAUACUAUUUUCUUUACCACAUUUCACAAAGAAUACACCUUAAAUAUUAUUAAUAAAUCUGGUAAUGUAACAUUUUCACUUGAUAUGGAAUGUUGUCUUGAAAAGUCAUACAAUCAUGUGCUUUAAAAAAGAUAAUUGGUUCAAUUUAAUUUUGUUUGGCUUCGUUUUCCCUUAUCAUAUAUUUUUGAAUAUAUAUAUUUCAAUGUCGAAAUAUAAUAAUACAUUACCAAUUCUGCUACAUUUAAUUAUAAUCUCCCAAGCCAGAUAAAAUCAGUGUAUCAGCUUAACUGUAUUGCAAAGUACUGUCCAUAGUCUGUAAUCUAUGUAACUAAUUAUUGUAUAAGUAAAAUAAUUUAUA